GUCACGUGGGUGCCCGGUAGUCAUGGCGGCCGCCCGGAAGCCAGUGCUGCUGGGACUUCGAGACACGGCGGUCCAGGGCUGCCCCAAGGGGCCCGCCGCCUGGACGGCUAGCAAGCUGGGCGGCGUCCCGGACGCCCUACCGGCCGUUACCGCUCCGGGGCCGCAGUGUGGCCGCUGCGCGCAGCCGCUCGCGCUCGUCGUGCAGGUGUACUGCCCGCUGGAAGGCUCUCCGUUCCACCGGCUGCUGCACGUGUUCGCCUGUGCCCGCCCCGGCUGCGGCGACGCCGGGACGCGCAGCUGGAAGGUGUUCCGCUCCCAGUGCCUGCAAGUGCCAGAGAAAGAGACUCGGACCGCCCAGACGCAGGGUAGCCUCCUGGCAGCUGAGCACUGGUGUGAAGGCUCGCAGGACUGGGGAAGCGACAACGAGGAGACGCCUCCACCAGCACCCACCGCGGAUUUGGGAACUGAAUUGAGUGGAGUCCGAGCUGCAGACUGGACUGCUGCGCAACUCCAAGCUCUGCACCUGCAGGACACUGCCCCGGCUGUGGGGGAAGGGCCGCCCGCCCAUACUGUCGUGCCACAGUUCCAGCCCUACUAUAUCUGUGUGGCCGAAGAGGACGACUACGGCAACUCUGUGGGUCUUGACCAUGCCCACAGUCUUCUACAGGACUACCAGCGGAGAGAAGGUGUGGACCUGGAACACCUGCUUUCCCUGUGUUCUUCUAGUGAUGGGGAUGAAAAAUAUGAGAAGACCAAUAUUAAAAAUGGAGAUCAAACGUUUUACAAGUUCAUGAAGAGAAUUGCAGCCUGCCAGGAACAGAUUCUGAGGUAUUCGUGGAGUGGAGAGCCUCUCUUUUUGGCCUGUCCCACACUGGAAGUCUCUGAGGUCCCAGCCUGCAGUGGCUGUGGAGGCCAGAGGACGUUUGAGUUUCAGCUUAUGCCAGCACUGGUCAGCAUGCUCAGCAGUCCUAACCUAGGUCUUGCUGUGGAGUUUGGAACAAUUCUCGUUUACACAUGUGAGCAAAGUUGCUGGCCUGCGAAUCAGAAGUCUCCCAUGGAAGAAUUCUGUAUUAUACAAGAAGACCCAGAUGAGUUUUUAUUUAAGUAGAAUACUUUGUCUUAUUUAUACAAAUUAAAACAAAUUUUCAUA